GAGUUGACUGUUCCGAGUAUUAUGACAGGGAAUUGGUUUAAAACCACGAAAAGUAUGAAAGAAAGCGCGGAUCUCAUAACAGAGAAUCUUCGUCGGGGAAUGGUAUCAGAGAUUGAAAACGUCGGCAGAAACUUCUGCCAGUCCACGAACUCAUCGGCCAUUGGAUUAGCCCAACUCAUCGAUUCUUCCUUCGUCGACAACAACACUCCCACCCCUCCUUCCUCCGCCCACAUCCAAUCCCUGAUAUCGCCGGUACUGUAUGAAGCGUACAGAUUGAUUCCUCACGUCUCACAAGUUUCAUACAUUGCUUCUGACGGCAACUUCCUCUCAUUCUUCACGGAUUACAACAGAACAGUCGCCAUCUUCUCCAAUACCACGUUUUCUUCGAACUACAUUUGGUACAUUCAAGACGUCGACCAAACCAACGGCCGCCUCUACGGCGAAGCCUUUAAAUAUCGACCGUUGGAUCUCAACCGCACCGAAUGGUUCCGAGCCGCAUUGAGUAACGACAACUCUACUGGUGGAAGAAACUAUGUCUCUUUGGGACCCAGUUGGGGCAUAGAGAAUGUCCCUUUAUUCUUUAACACCGUCAGUUUGCACGACAAGAAAGGAGCUGUCUCAUUGGGGUUUCGGGUUCAAACCUUAAUCGAUGUCUUGAACCAGUUGAAUCUCUAUGACGGCAAACUCUUCCUUUCAACAAAGGAGGGGACAGUGCUUCUACGAGGUGGUUCUCCGAAUGCCUUGUUCUUUGUCUCCAAUGGCUCGGCUUGCUUCCGUAACGCACCUAAAUCACCUCGCAGCCGCAACAAAAACAAAGACCAAUGCUUUCCCAGUAACAACACAUCUGUAGGUUAUGAGCUGGUCAUCGAAUCUUCGAAGUUCCGAGUUUAUUCCUCUGUUCUCGAAGUCGCCGGGAUACACCUGGUAUAUGCGCUAGUGUUUCCUAGUAAAGGAGAUAUCGUGGCGAUGAUAGAGAAGAACAGAGAGACGGGGCUGAUCUUGUUGGUGGUGAUGUCGACGUUGCCAGUGAUCUCAACCCUCAUCUUUGUGAUGUUGAUGGUGCGAGCAGCAAGGAGGGAGAUGCAUAUGUGUGCAACGCUGAUAAACCAGAUGGAAGCGACACAACAAGCUGAGAGAAAGAGCAUGAACAAGAGCCUGGCAUUCGCCAGCGCGAGCCACGACAUUAGAGGCGCCCUCGCCGGAAUCAACGGUCUGAUUGACCUCUGUCAAGAGGAAGCCGAACCUGGUUCUGAGUUGGACACCAGUCUCAAGCAAAUGCAAGUCUGCACUCAUGAUUUACUUGGUCUACUCAACUCCAUUCUUGACAUGAGUAAGAUCGAGUCAGGAAAAAUGCAAGUAGAGGAAGAAGAGUUCAACCUAGCAGAUCUUCUUGAAGAAGUCGUCGACUCCUUCCAUCCUGUGGCCAUGAAGAAAGGCGUCGAUGUUGUUUUGGAUCUACAAGAUGGCUCGAUCCUCAUGCACUCAAAUGUGAAAGGUGACAGAGGCAAACUCAAGCAAAUCCUUAACAAUCUCGUGAGUAAUGCUGUUAAGUUCACAUUCGAUGGCCACCUCUCGAUCCGGGCAUGGGCCCAGAAGCCCAGCUCCCAGAGCUCCAUUGUCUUGGCAGCGAAUGCAGAUGGAGAUGUCUGGAAGUUUUCACGGUUUAUGCUCUGCAGCAGAAAAGAUAUGUCAAAUAACAAAUUAGAGCCCGUGCGGUCAGUGAGAGGGAAUAUGAACAUGAACACGAUGGAGUUUGUGUUUGAAGUGGAUGAUACGGGGAAAGGGAUUCCUAAGGAGAUGCAGAAAUCAGUGUUUGAAAACUAUGUUCAGGUUAGAGAAACAGCUCAAGGGCAACAAGGAACCGGUUUAGGCCUCGGAAUUGUGCAGUCCCUGGUUCGACUGAUGGGAGGGGAAAUAAGAAUUGUGGACAAGGAUAUCGGUCAGAAGGGUACUUGUUUCCGGUUCAACAUUUUCCUGACGACCUCAGAGUCAACUACCAAUGACACAGCAAUGAGACAGGACAAAGAAACAAAAGGUGAUUGCCUAUCAACACCAAAUCUGGGGCUCACCGUACGGACAUCAAAUGCUAACAGAAGCAUACGGAGCAUGAGUCCAAGAUUGAACAACAUUUUCCUUAGCUCGAGUCCAAGGUCGGAUGGUUCCCGAGUAGUUCUCCUGCUCAAAGACGAAGAACGAAGAAGAGUUACACAGAAGUAUAUGGAGAAUCUGGGGAUUAAUGUAACGGUGGUGGAAAAAUGGGAGCACUUGGAUCAUGUCCUGGAGAGGAUGAAGUCUAAACUCAACGGUUCUUCACCUCAAAAUUCCUUUGGAAAAUCAGAGACUAGUUCGAGAAGUGAAAUAUCAAGGUCCAACUCAAAGGCGUUACCUUUGAGUGCCAUGGAUGGUAUUGAUCGUAGAAGCCAAUUGCCUACAAAGAAAAAAAACAGCCUAUCUAGAUUCGUCCUUCUCGUGAUCGAUGCAAACGCUGGGUCAUUUUACGAGUUGUCCAGUGCUGUGCAACAGUUUCGAGACAGCUUACACCGGGGCAUCUGCUGUAAAGUUGUUUGGCUAAACAAGAGAGACCGCGGAACAAGAGGUUGGGAGAAUGACGUUAGUUUUCUGAAACCCUUGCAUGGAUCUCGUUUGAACAAAGUGAUGAAGAUGUUACCAGAAUUUGGAGGGACGGUUCCAAAGGAAACACCCUUUGAGCUGCAGAGAGAACCGUCAUUGAGAUAUUCUCUUGAUGCGGAGAUGUCACUGGAAAAUAAAAUGCUUGUAAACACAGAGAUUCAAGAAGAUGGUUCGAGUUCAAGCUACGAUAAGAAGCUAGGCAAGACAAUGAUGAUUUCAUCCUCUUCAGAGAGGGAGACUGAUGCCAAGAGAAGAUUUACACAUUCUGUACGUACCGUUAAACCUGCAGGGAACACGGAAAACACUCAAGAAACUCCUGAGCCGAGUGAUGGGAAAUGCUUAGCAGGAAAGAAAGUUCUAGUAGUCGAUGACCAAAAAAUGAUGGCACUAAUUGCGAGCAAAAAGCUGAUGAAACUAGGUGCAUCCACUGUUGAAAAGUGUUACAAUGGGAAAGAAGCUGUCAGAUUAGUCAAGGAACAACUUGAACAAAGAGACAGAGCAACAGAUUCAAUGGAUGUUCUUCCUUUUGAUUACAUAUUCAUGGACUGUCAGAUGCCAGAAAUGGAUGGUUACGAAGCAACCAGACAAAUAAGGAGAGCAGAGAGUCGGUACGGGAUUCACGUACCAAUUAUAGCAAUAUCUGCUCACGAGCAUGGCUCGAAGGAGGCAAAACAAGCCAUAGAAGCCGGAAUGGACGCCCAUUUGGGAAAAGAACUGCUUACAGAACAUCUUGUUAACGCCAUUAGAGAAAUUAAAAGUAAGAUGACUGCACAAUACAUACCUUAGCAUAUCAUUGGGAGAAAGAAAGAAGCUUUUUCUGGAAAUUAUAGUGAAAAAAGAGUAUAUCAGCUCAGAAGAUAGAAUAGAAGAAUAUAAAUAGCUAAUGAAUGAGUAGAGAUGAAGCAUAUGCAUUACAAUUCGAAAGCCAGACAGCAUUUCGACAACAUCUCAAGUAACAAGAGAACCUUGAUACAUACAGUCAAAUGGAAAAAAAAAAGCCAUAACAGUGUAUCUAUAGUUUACUGUAAUAUGUAAACAUAUUGUAGCUCAAUAAUAUGUAAAGAAAUAUAAAGUACUAGAAAAAAAAAUCCGAGCAUCCAUACAAGACUGCGAGCAAAAGGAAUCUCGCGAGAAUAGUACAUGUAGUAACCUAGAAAACUUUCAUCGAAUUCGUAUCCUUAUUUCUCCUUUCUCUAUUUCGAGAACCGUAACUUUAUCAUCUGCGAGACAGAAAAUAAAAAGUUCAACCAAGUUUUCUAACAAACACAAUGCGACACUCGUCAUGGAGAUUACAACUCGGAGAUAACAGUUGACAAAAUGACAACUGGAAACUACGAACACAGUGAUCAAUUCAUCAGCUGAAAAAUAUAAAAAGCUAAUCACAGCUAGAAACCAGCGCAGUUCAGCUUUCCUAACUGACUUACACAGUAUUUCAGAGGAAUUGCUCUUCUGCUCCUUCCAUUGGCUCCAAACUCCACUCUUCUUCCUCUCUUGGUCUUGGCACGUCCAAUUUCUGGCCCUUUUUUCUUUUCUUAGUAGCUAUCAUCAUCGUUCAACAAUGGUCCCUGUGUUUGCUCAGUAAGCGUCCGAGUAACCAUCCAUUGCAUGAUAAAAUAUCAAAUUCGACCAGGAACUCAAAUUCCACGAAAUCGAAAUCUCUAGAAAUCAAAAAGAGAAGUUGGCUCCGAGGAUUUACGAACCUUUGACCGACUAGAGUCACGUUACCAGUACCGAGAACCAUACCAGGGUUAAGCUCGAUGGCGAUGCCCUCCUCGCCGGCUUCUAGAAGAUUCUAUCUCAAGUUACCAGUACCGAGAUUGAUCUCGAGGAUCACACCGGUGCUUUGCUUUCUGGAUGAUUCACGGAGGAAAAGCGCUUUCUAAACGCUGUCCUUUUGGAGAAAUAAAGAGACCAAACCGGAUAAAUAGACCGGCGAAUUUCCGUUCUCUUUCGAUGAAUUUAGAACCGGUCAGUAUAAUGGAACGCCAAUAUAACAUACUUGAAUCCUUUUGAAGCAAAGAUUACAUUCAUCCUCAGUUUGGUGUUAUACAGACAACGUUAAUCUAAAAAGGAACACAACACAACUAUACAUGGAUCAGCUGUGUGUAUUCCUAGGAGAGAACAAGUUGAUGCAAAAAAAAAAAAAAA